AUGGAUAUCUAUCACCUUCGUUUGGAAAAUUAUGAACCGAAACAAUCCUUCUAUGUAAUGAAUAAAAUACUUAAACUAUUAAUCGCUUUGCAAAUGAUUUUGGUUUUUUUCAGGAUUUUUGUAAGAAAUUAAGAACCAUUUUUUUUGUCUGAUUGUUUAAAUGCAUGUAUGAUGAUGCUCACUUAUUGUUAAAAAAAUUAUUGUCUUGCAUUAAUCACAAUGUUUUAUAUUUUCUCAUUGAUAUAUUUGAAUGCAAUCUUCUUUUUGUAGUUUGUUGAAUAUAAACUGCCCUUUUUUAUUGAUUAUACUAAAAAUUUUACUUUGAUGCUGAUUUUCUCAACUCUGCUUUAUGUUUUUGAAUCAAUAAUGUUAUACUAAGUUUAUAAGGAAUUUAAGGGAAUAAUUUAUGACAUUAAUCAAGAAUAUCCAGAGAGUGAUUAGUAAGAUUAACUACACCAUAUAGCUGAAUUACUGUCUUAAAAUUAAGAAUAAUAAGUCUAACAGAUUAAUUAAGAGUAAUAAUAGCAGGCAGAAUAGGAGAUUGAAAAUUAAUCAAUUUAGGAACCAAAUAUUGCUGCUGGGUCAUUACAAAGAAGGGUGCAUAAUCAAGGAUCAAGAACCUAAUAAGAACUUUAAGAAUUAUAAUCAUGA